AUGGGCGGGCGCAAGCGAGCCGAGCCGCAGCGGCUGGUGCCCGGAGAUGGCGCCGCCGCGGCUAAGCGCGUCAAGAAGGAGGAGGUCAAGGCGGAGGUCAAGGUGGAGCCCGGCGUCGACGAACCCAUCGACCUCACCGGCGUCUCGGAUUCGGACCCGGACGAUGAUGCGAAGCUCGCGGACUCGCUCCGCGGCGGCCCGCGAACGAUCGUCGACGCGCCGCUCUAUCCCCCCACGAUAGCGUUCGACGAUCCCUUCCAUCCCCGCGGCGUUCCCGUGCGUUGCCCGCCGGAUUGGCACACCGUCGACGGCGCCAACGCCGCCGCGGAGCGCAUCCGUAACGAGGUUCGACUGCUCGGGGUCGCGACGCUGACUCUGGCGUCCGCCCCGGGCGAGGCGCACGCGCGCGCGACGCUCGCGUCGCUCGCCGCGGGCGUCCGCGCGUCCAAACGCACCGUCCGCAAGAACUACCGCGGCCCCGCGGGCGUGGAGACCUGGAACGACGUCGGCGAACCGGGAUCGGCGCGUGGGACGUCGGUGCCCGUCGGCAAACUCGCCGAGUGCGUCUCGGCGGGCAUCCUCGACGUCGCCGAGCCCCACGGCCUGCCGCUGCUGCACGCGCUCGCGGGCGGGCAGCACCCGGUGACAUCCCCGUGGAAAGUACCGCUGACCAGGUGCGUGUGCCUCCUCGAGGCGGUAUCGGACGCGCCGGCGAACCCACCCGGGGCGGUCGGGGGAUCUCACGAGGGAGAAACGGAAUCAUCCCAGUCCACAGCUGUCAAAGUCGAGCUCGCCGUGUACGCGAGCAGGCUGAUGUUCGAGAUGAUCGCCGACGACGGCGUGAGGCUCAUCGUGUCGCACCUCGCUCCGCCAGUCCCGGUUGCCAAAGCGCUGGAAACGGAGGUUCUCAGACCCGCGAGGUUCUACGUCGACGCGGCUGUGGCCGGCGCGGACACGGCUGGCGCCGGACCGUUUACGCUUCCCGGGUUGCUCGCCGCCGCCGUCAGCGACGGAUACGACGAGUGCCCCACACCGCCCAACCUCGCCCUGCCCCUGAUGGACUUCCAGCGGCAGACGUUGGCGUGGAUGCGGGACAAGGAACGGAGCGAGCGCGGGUUGAACGGGGUGUUCUGGGAGGAGCGGCGUUGGGCAGACGGCGGUAAAUACUGGUACUUUCCGCUGGCGGGUGAGCUUCGGCUUUCGGAGCCGCCGUUGGUUCGCGGGGGGAUGCUGAGCGAGGAGAUGGGGCUGGGGAAGACGCUCGAGGUGCUGGCGUUGGUGAGCGCGGACGCGGACGCGGCGAGGGCCGCCGUGGAGGCCAAGACCGCCGCCGCGAAAGAGGAGCCGCCCGAGGCGGAGGAGGAGGAAGAGGGGGAGGAGGGGGAGGAGGAUCGGCUCAACGGGAAGGGGUCGAGAAACGCGGAUCACCCGGACGAGGACGAGGACGAGGACGACGCGGAGGAGAGGAGACAGCGCGAGGAGGAGGACCGCGACGGGCUGAUACCGUCGAGGGCGACGCUCAUCAUCGUCCCGCCGCCCUUGCUUCGACAGUGGGAGGCUGAGUGCGCCAAGUGCGUGCGUCCCGGGACGAUGAAAAUCGGGAUCCACUCGGGCAGGGGCAGAGGAGGCCGGGGCGCGCCGCGGCAGGUUUCCGAGCGGGAACUCGCGUCGAAGCUCGCGGAUAACGACGUCGUCCUGGCGACGUACCCGUCGCUGCAGAAGGAGGCCAAGAAGAGGCGACGCGAGACGGGCACCGGCGACGGCGCCUCCGCGCCCAGGAACGAGAGGGCUCAGAAAAUCUUGUCUCGCGUCUCGUGGCGAAGGGUCGUCCUCGACGAGUGUCAGAUGGUUCGCUCGUCCACCACGCAGCUCGCGGUGGCGUGUCGAUGCCUCGUCGCCGAUUUCCGGUGGAUGGUCUCCGGCACCCCGCUCCACGGCGGCGUCGACGACCUCAACGGCGAACUGGCCUUCUUGGGGGUUUGGCCGUUUUGUCUCUCCGACCAGACGGACGGCUUCUGGGCGCACCGGGUCGGUCGACCGUGGGCGGCGAAAGACCCCGACGCCCUCCCGUUGCUUCACGCGCUGCUCCGCGGCGUCAUCGUGAGGCACACCAAGGCCCAGAGGAGGAUCGUGGACGGCACGCCGCUGUUGACGCUCCCUCGUGCCUCGAGGGUAUGGCGGCCCGUCGUCCACGGGUACGAACCCGGUGACGCUUCCGAACGUUUCGUGUGCGCUUUCCUCGAGCACCACGCGGCGGCGGCGGCGCGCGGCGCCCUCGCCACCCUCCAAACGGCGUGGCUCGCGGGCGAGUACCAGGGAUCGUCGCGCGCCACGCAGGCGAGAUUGCUGGCGCAGCGUUUGCUCCGAUUGGUUAGAGGAGCCACGACUUCGGCGACGCUCGUUCGCUCGCGUCUGCGAGACGUCGACCAGGCGCUUCGUGCGGCGGCGACGGCACCCGGCGGCGUCGGGGGGGCUGGACACGGCGACGGCGUUAACGGGAGGGGUGCGGGCGGGCUCCGGAAUCGUGGCCUCGCCGGAACCGUGGACGUGUCCGCCGCCGAGGCUGCGGCGGAUGCGGACUUUUGCAGGGUGCGAGCGCUCCCCGCGGGCGCCGCGCUGGUGGAGCUCAUGACGGCGCGGGACGCGCAGGAGGUGCGGGUCGCGCGGCAGGGGGACGCGUCGGGCGCGUCGGGCGCCGCCCUGAGCGCGUUUCAGCUGCGGAACAGGGACAUGCACACGUUCGAGGCGAGCGUGCAGGCGUGGCGCGGCACGAGCCGCGAGUACGCCGACGCGGGGGGCAGCGAUUUGGCGCACAAGCUCGCCGCCGUCUGCGGCAACGUGUUCAAGCUGCUGGCCAAGGGGGACGAGCGCGCGCCGGGCCGCGAGGGGAUCACGUGCGGAACAGCCGCGAACGUGGCCAAGGAACGCGCGACGCGCCAGAGACAGAAAAGGCUCCUCGCGCACGCGGGCUUGCACGCGCUGCAGCACGCGUUCCCGGGGCGGUUGAACGACUUGUGCGGGUGUAACUGGUCGCCGUGUCCGUGCUCGAGGAGGAUAAAAUCGUCGGACGACCCAUCGUGCUGCGAGGCUUUGGAAGCGCACCGCGCGUUGUCCGACAGGGAGAACAAGAGCGGACGCGUGAAAGAGGCGGUGAAGAUCGCGAGGAGCGUCGCCGCCGCCGCGACGGAGGCCAUCGCCGACGCCAGGGCGCCGCUUCCAAAGCUUCGUUGGCUCCUCGCCGUGGAGUUGAUCACGUCGGGCGCCGCGUUUCGUCUCUUCCGCGAGCACGGACAACCUCCGGAAACCCUCCGGUUCAUUGACGACGAUUUUAACGACGUUGACGCGAACGCCUUAGGGUCCUUAACGAACCUUAGCGAGGCGGUCGUCGAGGACAGGCGGAGGCUGGGCGUCCGGUUCCUUCGCCGCGCGUUACUCGCCGACGCGUUGGCGGCUCCCGUGCGUUCCGCCGACGCCGACGUCGAAACGCGAAGGGCGCGGGCGCAGGCUCGCGAUCCAACCACGAACAAGCCCACGCGCGCCAUCAGGGACGCGCCGGAGGAGGAUCAGCUGGCGCUCGAGCGCGCGAGGGCGGCGAAGCGGGACGCGGAGGCGAGGUUAAGGGACGAGCUCCCGGGCGGGUGCCGGCCCGUGGGCGGCGCGCUCGUCCUCGCCGUGCCCGCGGCGUCGCCGGCAUACUCGGGAGCCGGCGGGCCGCUCUCGGCGCUCGCCGUGGCGGCUACGCUCAGGGACGCGAUCGCCGCGCACUCGCAGCACGCGAACCGGCUGGCGAACGAGGUCGGGAGCCUCCUCCCGUACCUCCGCGCGCUUCGCGCCGCGGGAGAGGCGGGCGCGGACUGGACCUCGCUGGAUCACGCCACCGUCCAGCAGAGCGGGUUCGACCUGCUCAACGAGGUGAUGGCGGGGAAAGCCCCGCAGUGCUGCAUCUGCGUGCAGCCCGCGGUGCACCCGUGCAUCGCGCGGUGCAUGCACCUGGCGUGCACCCGGUGCAUGGUGACGUGGUAUCACGCCGCGCCGCUGCACGGGGGAGGCGCGUCGAGCGCGCCGCCGUGUCCGCUGUGCCGAAAGCCGUUCACGAUUGACGAACUGAUCCGGCUCAUACCCCCCGCCGAGGAGGAGGACGUGAACGGGGAGGAGGAAGACGAGGAAGGGAAAGGGACGGAAGCGCGAGCGGGGGGUUCGAAGGAGCGGCGGCGGCGACGGAACGGCGAGGAGAGGAACGACGCCAGAGAGGAGCCAGCGAGGAACGACGCCGUAGAGGUUCACGGCGCUGUGGUGAGAUUCACCCCCGCCGCCCGCCCCUCCGAGUUCAGCCGACUCCCGCUCCCGGACGGCGAGAACCCGGCGGAUUACCGCGACGGGCGCUACCCGGCGCUGUCCAUGGACGGAGGACGCUUCCUCGCGCACCUGCACCGCGCGUCUAUGCGCCAAUCGCCCAAGAUGUCGGCGCUGGUGCGGGACCUGCGUGAGGCGCUCGCCGCGCCGGGUGGUUCCGGGAAGGCGGUGGUCUUCUCGCAGCUUCGCGACGCGCUGGCGCACGCGGAGCAGGUUCUGCGGUGGGAGGGCAUCGGGUGCGAGAGCGUGGGAGUUCACAAUAGGGGCGGCGGUGUUAACGGCGGUACCAACGGCGGUACCAACGGCGGCGGUACCAACGGUUCGAACAACGGUUCCGGGGAGGGCGCCAUCGCUCGAUUCAGGGACGAUCCCGCGACGCAGGUGCUUCUGCUGCACGCGGGUUCCGCGGCUGCCGGGCUGACGCUGACGCAGGCGGACCUCGUCGUCCUCCUCGAGCCUUUCCUGUCCCCGGGCGACGAGGCGCAAGCCGCGAACAGGGUGCAUCGCAUCGGCCAGACCCGUCCCGUGCGGUGCGUGACGUAUUUCGUGGAGGGCACCGUGGAGGAGCGGCUGCUGGCGUUUCGCACGAGGCAGCGGGAGUUUGGCGCUGAAUUUGGCGGCGGUGACGGUACGGUCGUCGGUUCGAUUCCCGGCGACGGCGACGACGACGGCGACGACCCCGAGGGCGACGGCGAGCGCGCGGAUAGGCUCGCGGUGACGCGCGACGGCGGCGAUCUCGGCCUCGGGGGCGGGUCCAUCGGAAGGCGAACGUUCGAGCGGAUGCGAUUCGUGUUUGGCAUCGGAGACGGGCGAUCGACGGCGGAGGGAGCGACGGCGCGUGGAGCCGACGUCGUGGAUCUCGCGAACGAGUAA